AUGGCAGCUACCCGAAGAUUACAGAAGGAGCUGGCAGACAUACGUGCUUCAGGAAUGAAGUCAUUCCGUGAAAUUAUAGUGGACGAGGCGAAUUUGCUGCUAUGGAGCGGUCUGAUUGUACCGGAUAACGUUCCGUAUAACAGAGGAGCUUUCAAAAUAGAAAUAAAUUUUCCGGCCGAAUAUCCAUUCAAACCGCCUAAGAUAUCAUUUAAAACAAAAAUAUACCAUCCAAAUAUUGACGAGAAAGGUCAGGUGUGCCUACCUAUUAUAAGUGCAGAAAACUGGAAACCGGCAACCAAAACGGAUCAAGUGAUUGACGCUCUCAUAGAGCUAGUAAAUGAUCCGGAACCUGAACAUCCGUUACGUGCGGAUCUUGCGGAAGAGUUUCUAAAGGAUAGAAAAAAGUUUUUAAAAAAUGCUGAAGAACACACCCGAAAGCAUAGCGAGAAACGACCGGAGUAAACGAAGCGUUUAGGCGGCUGACGUGUACCAGACUAGAUCAUUAAAAAUUUGAGGAUAAUAAUGUAAAUUUAACUAAGUGGUUUUGAUUUUUAAGGAUUUGAAAAUGUAUCUAGAUCUAGACAUCCGAAAAAUUCCCUAUAUCAAAAGCAAAAAGUCGAUAAAAUAGUCAAUAUAUUAUUAAACCAAUUAUAAAUAAGUUUGAUAAUUCUUUUUCUCAUUGUUUCAGGGUAGCAUUACUGCAUUAAUUAAGCUGUUAUGUUUGACUGAACAAAUUGCUAUAAAACAUGCUGGAAACACAGGACAUAGUAAUAGCUAUAGUCUUUUAUACGACUCUGGAAUUCAAGAUUAUUCCUUGAAAAUCUUCCUCAAAUGAGGAAUUUUGCUAGAACAACCUGAUUACGAUACAAAACAAAUAGAAUUUUUGCGCAAAAUUCAAAUAGAGCUUGGACAUGAAAAUGAUGUUCUCGAUAAUAUUUCAGUACGAUAAUUAUAGAGGAAAUCAGAAACCCAAGUGCGUUCGACUACAUUAAUAAUUGAUACUUUCUGUUGGUUGCCAGCCGAGUCUGUCCUGCAGACAAAGUAAUUGAUUAUGUUUCGCGUCCGAUGGCAUAGGUGUGUAUGCAUUCACAAAGCCCUUUCCGUGCGUUACCAAGAAAUACUCAACGUAUUUUAAAUCUUUAAAGUAUUGAACGGAUAAGUGUGCCAUUAAUGAUUGGAGAGCAACAUAUGGUCGAGUGGGCAGUAA